UUAAGUUUGAAUAUACUAUUUCUGCGUAGUUAUAAUCGUGAUUUUGCCUUUGGUUCAUUAUUUGUUAGAUUUUUAAAUUCUGAAUUUUUCAAAGUCCCUUGGUUUCAGGCGAAUUCGGAAUAAUAAACGAUUCACGAUUCCCAGAUGUGCUUUUUUUCCUGUCCGAACGCGGAUUGACUCGAAAUAUUCGAUUGAAUUGAAUAAAUAACAAAUAAAAAAAAAAAAAAACGAAACGAGACUCGAUUUCUAUACGAAUUCAAAAAUCUCCUCGAAACUUACUAGACUUAAAAUAAAUUAAAAAAUCAGUAUUUUCAGAGCGGGAAAACAAAGCCCUCAGCAAACUGCACACAAAAGUGAAUCAAAAAAACAAUUUCAAUUACCCGGACGAGCGACAUCGUUGAUCGCGUAUUUUCAAAAAUUCUAUUGGAAGAUAAACCAGCAAAAUGUCGAGUCAACUGAAACUGUACAGCCGGUACAGUGGAGCGAUAAAAAAAUUAUUGUUAGUGACUGGAUUAUGGCCGAUGGUAAAUCCGAGCGUACUCUAUCGUUUGGUCCCAUUCGUACAUAUCGCGGCCGAGCUCUGGUUGGUUUUUUCGAUUCUUAAUUUCGCGCGUCUGCAUGUGUCGAAUUUUGAACCUUUGAUUAACGGCCUCGGUAUCGGACUGGGUUUUCUCAUCAGCGCACAAAAAAUGAUUUGUUUGAAGGUUCAUCGAGAUCGACUGCUCGAUUUACAGACGAAUCUGCAAGCAGGUUUUUCUCGCGAUCUCGAAGAUCCCCAAUUACGGCCGAUUUUGCUUUCGCCCAUGCUAACGUAUUAUCGACCCUCGCUGGUCUUCGCGAUCAUUGCCUACACGCUGUGCACGCUGUACGUGACGAUGCCCAUCAUAGUGAUAAUUAUUCAGCUCAUCCACGGGGCGAGUGUCAUUAAAUGUAUCCUUCCCUUUCCGACUGCGUAUCUUUGGUCCAUUGGUCGAACGAACAAAUUGUUUUACUCGAUCGUGUACGGCUACGAGACUUAUGUUUGUGUUUGUAUCGCUUGCGUCGCCUCAUCGGUCGACGGUCUCUUUGGUUUUUAUAUUUUCCAAAUAUCUGGACAACUUCGCACGUUAUCUCACCGUUUGAGGAACUUGAAGGCGAAUGAAAAUUAUCGGAAAGUUAUAAGUGAGUGCGUCUCGAGACAUCAGAUUUUGAUGCGCUGCCAGGCUCAUCUCGAACAGAUUUGGGGGCCGAUCGUACUCUGCAUCACGGUUCUAAAUGCCAUGGUUAUGUGCGCAUUCAUUUGGCAAGUUUCGCAUAUGAACCCAAGAAAAGCUGUUACUUUUAUCGUCUUCAUUAUCUUGAAGGCUAUUCAAUCGUUGUUUUAUGGAUGGUUUGGCUCGACUUUGACUACCGAGAAUGACAAAUUUCGCGAGGCAAUAUACGCGACUGACUGGCCAGGUUCGGGCCACAAAUCUCUCAUGACCAGUGUCCUGACCAUGAUAUCGUGCACCAGGCCAGUCGUUCUGAAAGCCUGCUCCGUGGGGACCAUAUCCGUAGAUACGUUCGUCGCUGUCUGUAAUACCGCCGUUUCGUAUUACUUCAUGCUGCGAACUUUGGAGGAUCAUAAAAGCCUUGAAUGAUGACUCCAUCGAGUGGAAACUCACAAAGUACAAAAUGAAGCAUGAAUGACAAAAAUGUUUCUUAGUAUUGUCG